CCGCCGCCGCCCCGCGCGCGGCCCGCACCGCCGCCCGCCCAAGAUGUCGGCGCGGACGCCAUUGCCCACGGUGAACGAGCGGGACGCGGAGAACCACACGUCUGUGGAUGGAUACCCCGAGCCACAUGUCCAGCCUUCCAAGUCAAGUAGCAGGCAGAACAUCCCUCGGUGCAGAAACUCCAUGACGUCAGCCACAGAUGAACAGCCCCACAUUGGGAAUUACCGUUUACAGAAAACAAUAGGGAAGGGGAAUUUCGCCAAAGUGAAGCUGGCGAGGCAUGUCCUCACUGGUAGAGAGGUGGCUGUAAAAAUAAUAGACAAAACUCAGCUAAAUCCUACCAGUCUACAAAAGUUGUUUCGAGAAGUACGAAUAAUGAAGAUAUUAAAUCAUCCUAACAUAGUAAAAUUAUUUGAAGUGAUUGAAACGGAGAAGACUCUGUAUUUAGUCAUGGAGUACGCAAGCGGGGGUGAAGUAUUUGAUUACUUAGUUGCCCAUGGAAGAAUGAAAGAAAAAGAGGCCCGUGCAAAAUUUAGGCAGAUUGUGUCUGCUGUGCAGUAUUGUCAUCAAAAGUGCAUUGUUCAUCGAGAUCUUAAGGCUGAAAACCUUCUCCUUGAUGCUGAUAUGAAUAUUAAAAUUGCUGACUUUGGUUUUAGUAAUGAAUUCACAGUUGGGAACAAAUUGGACACAUUUUGCGGGAGCCCGCCCUACGCCGCACCCGAACUUUUCCAAGGCAAGAAGUACGACGGGCCCGAGGUGGACGUGUGGAGUCUGGGCGUCAUUCUCUACACGCUGGUCAGCGGCUCGCUGCCCUUCGACGGCCAGAACCUGAAGGAGCUGCGGGAGCGGGUCCUGCGUGGGAAGUACCGGAUCCCCUUCUACAUGUCCACCGACUGCGAGAACCUGCUCAAGAAGCUGCUUGUGCUGAACCCGGUGAAGAGAGGCAGCCUGGAACAAAUAAUGAAAGAUCGAUGGAUGAAUGUUGGUCAUGAAGAAGAAGAACUAAAGCCAUAUUCUGAGCCUGAACCGGAUUUCAAUGACACAAAGAGGAUAGAUAUCAUGGUCACCAUGGGCUUUGCACGAGAUGAGAUAAAUGAUGCCUUAAUAAAUCAGAAAUAUGAUGAAGUCAUGGCUACAUACAUUCUUCUCGGUAGAAAGCCACCUGAAUUCGAAGGCGGCGAAUCGCUGUCCAGCGGGAGCCUGUGUCCCCGGUCUCGACCCAGCAGUGACCUCAACAACAGCUCCCUACAGUCCCCCGCCCACCUAAAGGUCCAGCGGAGCAUCUCGGCCAAUCAGAAGCAACGGCGCUUCAGCGACCAUGCUGGUCCAGCCAUCCCCCCUGCCGUCUCCUACACCAAACGGCCCCAGGCCACCAGCGUGGAGAGUGAGCAGAAGGAGGAGUGGGACAAGGACCUCGCGCGGAAGCUGGGCAGCACGACGGUGGGUUCCAAAAGUGAGAUGACCACCAGCCCGCUCGUGGGGCCCGAGAGGAAAAAGUCCUCCACGAUUCCCAGCAACAAUGUGUAUUCCGGGGGCAGCAUGGCGAGAAGGAACACUUACGUCUGUGAACGGACCGCAGACCGCUACGUGGCCUUGCAGAAUGGCAAGGACAGCAGCCUCACAGAGAUGUCGGCCAGUAGCAUCUCCUCUGCGGGCUCUGCCGUAGCGUCUGCUGUCCCCUCCGCACGUCCCCGCCACCAGAAGUCCAUGUCUGCUUCGAGCCACCCCAUCAAGGUGCCACUGCCGGCCAUCAAGGAUGGCGCCGAAGCUUACCGGCCUGGCGCUGUGCCACGCGCACCCGCCGCCUCCCCGUCCGCGCACAGCAUCAGCGCCAGCACCCCGGACCGCACGCGCUUCCCGCGGGGCAGCUCCAGCCGCAGCACCUUCCACGGCGAGCAGCUGCGGGAGCGACGCGGCGCCGCCUACAACGGGCCGCCCGCCUCGCCCUCGCAUGAGCCCGGCGCCUUCGCGCAUGCCCGGAGGGGCACCUCCACGGGCAUCAUCAGCAAGAUCACGUCCAAGUUCGUCCGCAGGGAUCCAAGUGAAGGUGAAGCCAGUGGCAGGACUGACGCCUCAAGAAGUACAUCAGGGGAGCCCAAGGAGCGUGACAGGGACGAGGGCAAAGAUUCCAAGCCGCGCUCUUUGCGCUUCACGUGGAGCAUGAAGACCACGAGCUCCAUGGACCCCAGUGACAUGAUGCGCGAGAUCCGCAAGGUGCUGGAUGCCAACAACUGCGACUACGAGCAGAAGGAGCGCUUCCUGCUCUUCUGCGUGCACGGCGACGCCCGGCAGGACAGCCUGGUGCAGUGGGAGAUGGAGGUGUGCAAGCUGCCGCGCCUCUCGCUCAACGGCGUCCGCUUCAAGCGCAUCUCGGGCACGUCCAUCGCCUUCAAGAACAUCGCCUCCAAGGUGGCCAACGAGCUCAAGCUCUAGGGCGGGGACGCCCGGGAGGUCCGGCCUUGGGAUGGGCAAGGCAUCCCGCUGCAGAACCCGCCCCCAAUGCAAUAAGGUUAUACAUAGUCAUGAACUGUGCGAUUCAAGUCCCCAUGAACUAUAAUAAAUAUCUGUAGCUACAACAAAAUGUAGGUUCACAUGUACAGGUAAGUAUAUUGUGUAUUUUUGUUCAUUUUCUGUUCAUAGAGUUGUAUAAUAAAACAGAUGAUUGCUUCAAACCGCG